AUGUGGGCUAUCAUGAUGGUAAUGAGCAAGGAGGUCAAGGGUAGAGACACAAUUAAAUGGGCAAAUAUAUGGAGAGGCACUAUUACUGCAAGUUAUGUAGAGAAAUUGGGUUUAAAACCAACCUCUAAGAUUGACAUUAAUGUAAAGACUGCAUCUGGGUGUGUUGUUGCUUGUGGGAAUUUAUUUGAAGAUGUCUCUAUAGUUAUUAUUGAUACUAACUGUCAUGGGGACCUUAUUCAAGGGAUUGCUCCUAUUUCGAAAGCACAUAAUCGUAAUACUUGUAAGGAGAUGCAAGAACUGAAAGAACAAGUGGAGGAUUUGUUGAAUAAGGGAUAUAUUCAACCUAGUGUUUCACCAUGGGGAGCUCCAGUUUUAUUUGUGAAGAAAAAGGAUGGAGGAUUAAGACUAUGCAUUGAUUAUAGGGAAUUAAAUCAAGUGACAGGAAAGAACAAAUAUCCUUUACCUCGUAUAGACGAUAUUUUUGAUUAA